AUGAUUUACAUAGCACAAGGCGUUGUUGCUGCUUAUGGGAGUGCCACACUUACAACUAUAUCUUUACUUGGCAUGGGAGACAUUGUAACCAAGGAGUCCUUUGAGUGGUUGUUGAAUGACCCUAAAAUUCUUAGAGCUUCCAAUACCAUUGGUAGGCUCAUGCUUGACAUUGUUUCGAGCAAGUUUGAGAAGGGGAGAGGGCAUGUUGCUUCUGCCAUUGAUUGUUACAGGAAGCAAUAUGAGGUGUCAGAUGAGCAGGAAAUAAUUGAUGGCUUCAACAAACAGAUUGUGGAUUCGUGGAAAGAUAUCAACGAGGAGUUCCUCAGACCAACCUCUGUGCCAAUGCCUAUCCUUGUAUUUGUUCUUAAUUUAACAAGAGUGGUGGAUCUCCUCCACAAAAAAGAUGAUGGCUUCACACAUGUUGGAAAAGUCAUGAAAGAUAGUGUUGCUUCUUGUUUCAUUGAUCCGGCACCACUAUGA